CCCACAUAUACAUGUAUGUACACGUCCAAUCCCAAGAUUUUUUUUCUUGAUUCCCUAUCUAUUUUACAUCACAUCCAACUCUUGUUCUUUUUCCUUGCAGAAAAAGUAGCAAUAAAGAUUCUGGACAAGACCAAGCUGGACCAGAAGACCCAGCGGCUCCUUUCCCGUGAGAUCAGUUGCAUGGAGAGACUGCACCACCCCAACAUCAUCCGGCUGUACGAGGUGGUGGAGACGCUGGCCAAGCUCCACCUGGUCAUGGAGUACGCUCCUGGGGGAGAACUCUUCACCAAGAUCUCCAACGAAGGCAAGAUUGCCGAAGCGGAAUGCAAGCCCAUCUAUGCUCAGGUUAUCUCAGCUGUCUACCAUAUGCACUCGAAGAAUAUAAUUCACCGGGACUUGAAAGCUGAGAAUGUUUUCUAUGCAGCCAAUGGCUACGUCAAAGUUGGAGACUUUGGUUUUAGCACUUAUUGCAAGAUGAGUGACACUCUGAAUACAUUUUGCGGAUCCCCACCGUACGCGGCUCCAGAACUCUUCAAGGAUGAGAACUACAUUGGUCCGCCCGUGGACACCUGGGCAUUAGGAAUCAUGCUUUAUUUCAUGAUCACUGGCGUGAUGCCAUUCCGUGCCGACACGGUGGCUAAACUGAAAAAGUGCAUCCUGGAUGGUCAGUUUUCCAUUCCGUCGUAUGUAUCAAGUAACUGCCAGCAGUUGAUACGGAACGUCCUGAAGCAGCCCCCAGGAGAUAGGUUCACCAUUGAACAGAUCAAGAACUCCACUUGGUUACAAGGUCAAGACUACCCACCACCCCAUCCAUCUUAUCACCUCACACCGUGCUUCAGGAGAGAUUCCGCAAGCGGCGAAGAACUCAAUGUGCUCGAUCAGCUCAAGGCUCUGGGUAUCGAGGACCACCAGCUGGAGAGCACGCGGGAUCAGGACUCGCGCAAUAGCAUAACCGGAACCUACCGCAUCGCGCUGCACAGGCUGCAGCGAAAGCGGCUGGAACCGCCCGUCGUCCUACCGCCCCCACAGACGAAAGGCAAGUCGUCGAGACCAAGCAGUAAAAAGAAAAGCAAGGACAGUAACAAGAAUAACAAACCAUCGAAGCUAUGUACUAUAUUAUAGCAUUAUUUUAGAGUUGUUUUUUUAUUUUCUUCAUGAGAUAUUUAUAAAAGUCUGGAUGUACAUAAUCGAGAAUAUGACUAUAUAUCAAUACAAUCAGGUUGUGAUAUUCGUACAGAUUUUAUAAUUAAUGAAGAAUUAUUAUGCAAUAUAUCUACAUUCAGAGGAGUGCAUGCAGCUUAAGUUGAUGUUCUAAAUGUACAUGUCCAGUACAUGGCUAAUUCUCUGCAACAUUAUGCUUGCAUCAAUUAGAACGUUGUCAUAGAUUGAUCGCUUGCAAGUUGAUUGGCUCUCCUAUUCGUCAUAAGUAGUCAGUACUUCCCAGACAGUACCAUUGCAUGUCUCCCUUGUAUUGUCCCAUUCAUCAGCAUCUAGCGUGAAAUCUGUAUUGGUUAAUUAAUGGGACGACCAGUGCGAUAAUUGGAAAUUAAGCAUCGGUUGGCAUUGAGGCCGAACAAUUCCAAUUGAUUUUUUUCUUCUUCCGUAUUCCACACUACCGAAUCUGCAACAUCUACUACGUAUCCCGUCCCAAAAUGAUGGUUCCAUUCAGAUCUGUAAUUCUGUAUGCUUUGUCCCAUCCAUUAUUACCCAGAAUAUGAUAAAAAUGUAUAGUUCCCAGGAAUAUUCGUGUACAUUACUUGUACACAUGCAUGCAAGCUCAAAAUGAACAGAGGAAUUUUUGUGUACAUUACUUGUACACAUGCAUGCAAGCUCAAAAUGAACAGAUAUAUUUUCUGCAUGAUGUUUAAUUUAUAUCCAUAGACAUGGUCAGAAUGAAAGGGAAAUGGCUGUAUUAAACUAGUAAUAAACUAGCAAGGAAAUCUAACAAGUGAAUUUGUUCAUGUAUUGUAUCAUGCAAAUGGUGGUUCACAGGAAUGGUAAUAUUGAGAUACUCAAUGGGCUAUAUCCACUUAUUUUAGUUAUUUAUGCGUACGGAUUAUGGCCACGAGUAAUUGUGAAGUUCAAGGGAUAAACUGGGCUUCGAGAGAGAGAGAGAGAGUUAGCAGAGGAACAGAGAUGGAUUAUGGGAGAGAGAAGGAAAGAUGAGGAGGGGGCAAGAGAGAAGAUAAUAGGAAAGGAGAGAAGAAGUGAGAGAGAGAGGGGGUGUAAAGAAGAAUGAAAGGCAGCAAUGAGUGGAUAUGGGGGAGAGAGGAGGGGAAAGAAGAGAGGGAGGGAAGCAGAGGGAUAUAGAGAAUGAAAGAGAGAGAGGGAAUAAGGUGUUCAAAGGGGAAGUCGAAAGGAAGAGAAAUGAAAGAAUAUAAAAGAAAACCGCUACUAGUAUUAUUCUAUUUAUUAAAGUUGUAUUCAGCUAUUUAUUUGAACAUUCAUUCAAACUUUAGAAAGGUAUAAUUUCAGAGUUUCUAUUAGUGGAACAGAAAAUACCAUUUACCUAUAAUGUUAUGUACAAUUUAUGCCACUCAGUUGCAUUUUAAUAUGAUGAAUAUAUUUGAUGAUUGAAGAUUGUUUCAUAGCAACAUAAUUUGCAAUAACCAUUACGAUAGAAAAAUGAUUGGACGUUGGGAAAAGGUGAUAUACUAUAGUGUCGUGCUGUUGCAAAGAACCUUGAAAAAUCUCAUCAAAAAUUGCAAUUAAUUUGUUAUUGGUUGAUGUAAUCAUAUUAUACAAAUUCAUGAUUUAUUAUGAAGUACAUGUGUAGGGACAGUGUAAUUGCUUUUCAAACUUAAAUCUAAAAUGAAAAUUCUGUUUUGGCAUCCAAAAUGUACACAGCACAAAUCUGAAUUCCAUUUUGCAAAGGUUAAUGCAAUGAAUUUUCACAUGAAAAUAAUGAACCAAAAUGGAUUUUCUGUUUUAAUUUGACAGGUAAAAAUAGAAAAUCACUGUCCCUAUAUUUUCUCCCAAAUUCACUGCACUUUAAACAACUAUCAGGGUAGACUUCAUUUGUCAUUCAAAUUUACAUGUACGUAUUUAUUUUAGGAAUGUUUCUUUAUGGGAGAUGACAUUGCGGUUCAUGUUCCAAAGAUAAUCAGCUUUUUUAAACCCGAGAACACCUUCAAAGAUGUUUUAUUCAAAUCAUGGAUGCAUUCAAGUAAUUGAGAAUGGGGGUAAUGUGAAAUCAUUUAGAAUGUACAUUAUUAUAAUAAUAAUGUAUGGAUGAUCCUUGACUUACGUAUGCAUUGUUCAGAUUUCGUAUUGAAUUGAAGAUGGCAAAUGGUGAACUAAUGUACACAAGGUCUAGAAGACAUGAAUUUUAUGUUAUAGUACAUGUGUAAUUAUGAAGCAAACAGUUCUAUAUUAAAGCAUCUUCCAAUUAGAGUGCAUUCAUACAAACAACAUUUCAAGGCAAAUCUAAAUUAAACGCAAGUCCACCCCACAAUCAGAUUUAUUCGAAUAUUCAUUAACAGAAAUUUGAAAAGCAUAGCACUGACGAUUUUCCUCAAAACUGGAUGAAAAAUAAGAUAUUUUCGAGUUUCACUUGAUUUCACAAGUUAGUUAUAAUUUGCAAAAGAUGGGCAGUAUAUACAAUGUACAGGAGAGAGUAGAUAUCACACACAACUUUUUUUUUUCAUUUCAUAUUUUAUUUCCAUUUUCUCCUCAAAUGAUGUAAAACAAGGUUAUACAACAAAACCUGUGAGAAUAUAUAUAUUUGAAAUGCCAUGCAAUGAAAAACAAGGAAUCAUGAAUGUGUAAUAACAUUUGCUUUUCCAUUCGUACUGUUUGUUGUAGGCAUGUGAAACUAUGCAAAACUUAUUAAUGUCAUUCCUUCAUUUUCAUCAAAAUUUUAAUCUCUAAAAUUUCAGUACCAUGAUUUUGAUAUUUUUCUCCAUGAAUUCAAAUCAUCACCGUCUGGACGGUGUCGUAAGAAGGGACGGGAUCAUGCGGUAACCUGUAAGAUACGAUAGUCUUUAUAAUAAUAAUAAUAAUAAUUAGAAAAAAAACAAAGAAAGGAGAGGAACGAUUUUAAAGGACACGUCGAAGAAAAGAAAGAAAAUAAUCGUUGGCCUAACGAGUUGGCGGUAAUAGUCAAAUAUGACUGGUCGCCAUUAAUUUCCAACAAACAACAACAACAUGUUUUUGGGGGUGGACUUUACCCUUCAAUGUACAUUUAUUAUUUUUAAAGCUUAUUUAUUAUAUUUUAGAUGUGAACAAUCCCUGUCUCUCAUUCAUUGUUUUUAAAUAUUUUUUUAAAUUUUAUGAUGCUAUCACAUUCUCCCAAUUUGCCUCUAUGUAUAAUGUUGCAUUAUCAAUGCUGUAUUCUCAUCACUAGAAUGUACCCUAAUCCGUAGCCAAAUUGAACUGAAAGUUGCAUUUGCUGAAAAAAAACCUUUUUGAAUAAUCUGCAUUAUUUCAUUCAGUACGUACGCUGCCAAAUGUGUGAGUAUACCCAUUCAUUGAAAUUAAUGAAAAUGAAAUGCUAUUCAGAAUCCAUGCUAUUUUUAUUUCAACUGCUGAUGUGAAGUAUAUCAUGUACUUUGUGAAUAUAUUCUACUGAACUGAAAGCCUAUCCAAUCUGUUAAGUUUGAAACCAAAUAAAACAUGAAAAAAUCUCA